AUGUUGUGCCAACAGCCGAAGACGGAUGACGAAUGGCCGUUCCCUUUAGAUAGCCAUCGAACCAUUGCACGGAAAUGCCUCUCAUAUAUCUCACUACUGGUACAGCAAGGGCCUGUUGAACUACCCAAGUCAGCAGACCGCCGCUCCGAUCUUUUGUCGUACUCGGUUCGCCAUUGGCCAAGUCACUACAAGGAGGAUAUCGCCGGGCGGGCUCCUGACUCGAACACUGAGCAAGGCGAAUCGCAGGAGUUUGAUGUCUUCAACGACCAUGACCUCAUUCAAAAAUGGGCCCAGCUGUAUUUUGAUUCCGAUCCUCCCGGUAUGGCGUGUGAGUCAACUCAUCCGUUGGUCGUAUCGGUGGAGGUUGGGUGCUCAGACUUGGUCAGAGCCUUGCUUAAAGGUCAGACGCACAGUUCGGAUAUCCUGAAAACGGCUCUCGAGACGGCCAUCAAAACAGGCGAUGAGAGUCUCAUCCGCAUGCUCCUGGCUUCUGGAGCUACCAGCGACAUUGCAUUACAUGUCGUGGCAAUGUCGGGGAAACCGAGCCUCCUCGAGCUGUUUCACAAGACGGAGGAUGAUCUGAAAUCUGAGAACUCCCAGGGCUUCACACCACUGCACUGUGCCUGCCAGAGCGGCUAUCUUUCAACGGUCGAAGAACUGCUCCGCAUUAGAUCGGACGCGAAGGCAAAAAGCAACAUAACCGGUCAAACUCCUCUCCAUACUGCCUGCCAAUUCGGCCACUUAGAAAUAAUUGCACGCCUUCUGGCAAGUGAUGCUAAUGCCAAUGAGGAGGAUAAGUCUGGAUUCACGCCUCUGCAU